AUGAUUCUACUGAACGGCGACGGAUCGCUCAUGGUCUACGACGACGGCAGCAGCAAAGCGGGCAUGCUUUGUUUGAGCAAAUCUGGCAAUGCCGAGCGGUUUGGCGAUAAUCUUGUUGGACCAUCAUUGGACCAUGACCGCUUAGAUGAAAAUUUCAUGGCGAUAGCAUCGGUUUUCUGA